UGUGUGUAAGGGGCAGGACGUCUCCUGUAGCUCUCGCUGCAAAAGCGCCUGACGCUUCCCUUUUCAUCUCGAGAUGUUUGAGAUAAGAGAGACUGAACGCUUCAGCAUGGCGGCUCGACUGCUGCUCCUCUGCUGUGUUUGCACUCUGAGAACAUCUCUCUCGUCUGUGGUGUUUCAGUCCCCUGAGUUCAUUAAUGCAUCCAUCGGUGACUCUUUUACAUUAAAAUGCACUCGUGACCUGCCGACUGCAUAUUGCUACAGCUCAAUAUCCUGGUAUAAAGUGAACCCUAGAACUGGAAAACUGGGUGAAGUCAGAAAAGGCGAGGACAAGCUGGAAGAUGAUAAACAAACGUGUACCAGGACAAUCGUUAAUGCUCAAGUUCAAGACUCAGGCAUUUACUACUGCACAUCUUUACAUGAUAAAAUGGUUUUUAUUGGAACUGGCACCAGAGUCGUCAUUUCAGAUACUCGUCCGUUAAAGCCUUCUAUCGUUCUGUACACACCGAUGGAGGUGGACACUCCCUCUGUUCUCCUGCAGUGUGUGGUGAUGGAUGUCGUUCCCUCUCAGAUCAGAGUUUUGUGGUUAAUUGAUGGAGACGAGCGCACAGGAUGGACAGAAUCAGGCUGGACAGGACACGACGAUUCAGCCUCAGAAUUCACUCGAGCUCAAAUCACGAUUCCUGCAGACGAAUGGAAGGAAGCGGCUCACAUCAUCGAGUGUGUCGUGAUGUAUGAAAACCAGACCAUGUCCCAAACUCUGCAACGCCAAAGUCAUUCAGACUCUACAUGCACGUGGCUGCUGUAUGGAGGCUGCAGUGUCGCCGUCUUCACCAUCGCCGUGGCGCUCGCCGUGGUUAUGUGUUUACGUAAAGAGAAGCGAGCGACUUUUCCAGUUAAAAGGCAUUGUGCAGACGUCGAUACUCAGCGUAAAAAACAGACCCAGGGAAAACAGGACACACUCAGAACACAUCUAGAGAAGCCUUCUACAGCAUCGGAAGUUGAAUAUUCCUGUUUGAACCCUGAGUUCCUCAAACUGCAGACAAAUACUCCAACGUUAGAAUUACAUUAACAAAAGUUUCUUAAUAAUAGAAAACUUAACAGCAAUAAAGAAAAACUAGUACCAAUAACCAGACUAUAGCAACAAACAGAGCAUGUCUGGGUUUUUAAAAUCAUUUUAAAUGUAUUUAUUGAAUUGUAAUUAAUUUGAUGUAUUUAAAUCUUUGCUUAGUUUUUGUUUCAUGUAUAUAGGUUUUAGACAUUCACUUUUUUUUGGCACUGUAAUGUGUAAAUUAUGGUUUUAAUUAAGUCACUUGAA